AUGGGAUCAAACUGUUGCAAAAAUGUUCGUGUAAGUGGUGUUUCUCAGCCAGAACCAGAUAAUGUUAACAAUUCAGAAGAGCAGCAUAAAAAGUCCAUACUUACUAUUGCACCAUUAACACCAAUAGAAUGUGAUGCCGAUAAAAAUCAUACACCAUCGAAUUCUACACAUCCUGUACAACGGCCCAAUCCGAUCGAUUCUGAUAAUAACGAUAAAGUUCCUACUCUUUUACGCCCUCGAGAAGCUUCGAAUGAAAAUGAUCUAGCAAACAAACAUAAACGCGUUAUCUCGUCUCAAUUUCCACCUAUUAGACGAAAAAAAUAUAAUUCAGAAAAUAAACAGCAACAAUCCACUUAUCCUAUACAAUCAGUAACAAAAAAGAAUGUUAUUGAAGAAACGCAUAACCAGAACACAACUGUCCAUUUACCAUCAUUGCAAAAACCUGUUAAUUUGAAGAAGGAUGAUACUCUAGUAGAAUCUGUAUCAGGUGAAAGCUAUUCAGAGAGUGAUAAUAAAAUUCCUGAUGAUUGGCGUCUAAUGGUACUACCAGAUAGAGCUGAUUUCUACAACGAAGAUAGAUUUUUUACAUCAACGCCAAUUCCACCAAGUCCAGAACAAUCCGAUUCCGAAAAGGAACACGCUGAAAAUCUGAAUAAUUUGUUAGGUCCAAUAUCGAAUAAUAUUGGCUCUGAUGACGAACAUACAUCCGUUCCAUCAAAUGUACUACAGAUUCUACGAGUUCGAGAGCAAAUAAAUUUGAACGAAUUUUUUAAACCCAUACCGAUUCCACAACUAGAAAUUUCGCCACAACAUCUAUAUUCGAUUACUGAUAAAACAAAUUUACCGUUGACUACUGUUCAAAAGACUGACGAUGAUAAUACUCCUAAUAAUUCAUUUGAUGAAUCGACUAUUUAUUUAUCUAAUACAUCUGUCGUUUCUAGUGAUAAGAAAAAUACUGCUAGGGAACUGGAAAUUAUUCAUCCAGAAGCAUUCGAUGAACCUUUUAAUGUACAACGUCAACAUGUAAUCGACAACAGUAGUUAUCGUUUAAUUAUUGAAGCAUGGCGUCCUGAUUCGAUUGAACAACUAGUCGAUCAGAUCAAAAACUUUUCAAAAAAUAAACCGACUAUCGAUCGUCUUUGGAUCGUAUUCUAUUGGAUUGCACGAAAUAUUGAAUACGAUACUGUACCAUAUGUUGGCAAAAAACAUGUUGACAAAUCAGCAGAAGCAGUUUUUCGAACAGGAAAAGCCGUAGCCGAUGGAUAUGCAAAUUUAUUUAAACGUUUAUGUAAUGCAUUGGACUUAACGUGCGAGAAAGUAAAUGGCUAUUCGAAAGCAUACAUCUUUGAUUCUUCCAAUAAAUCAUCUGUGCCGAUCGAUCAUACGUGGAAUGCCGUUCAAAUAAAUCAGCACUGGCAUCUUAUCGAUUUGACCUGCAGUGCUGGUUACGUUGAUGAUAAUCAAGUAUUCAAACGUGAAUUGAAUCCGUACUAUUUUCUUCCGCGACCGAAUGAAAUGAUUUAUCAUCAUUUUCCUACUAGUGAACGAUGGCAACUAUUAAAAAAACCUAUCAAAAUGAUGCAAUAUAUGCAGAUGCCUAAACUGUGGCCGAAAUUCUUUCAACUCAAUCUUCAAUUGAUCACUCCUAGUGAUAUCAUACAUGUUGAUCUAGUUCCACGUCAAUCCUAUGCAUUAGUGGUAAUACAAGCCCCGCGUAGCAUCAGUCUUACUGCAAGUUUCACUCUGAACGAAAAGGAAAUUGAUGGUGGAUACCGAAUCGUAUUUGAUAGGCGAAAACGACUCUAUCGUUGCUAUUUUGCUCCAGCUUCAAUAGGUGUACAUAUAAUACGCUUCUUUGCAAAAGACGAUAGUAUUGCUAAUAGUUCAUAUAAUAAUGUAGCUGAGUUAGAACUCGAUAUCAGACAAAUGCCAUCAAAACCAAUUAGUUUUCCGAAAACUUGGAAAUCUUUCUUUGAAUUAAAUCUUGAAAUUGUUUGGCCGUGCAAUACACAUAUAAUCAAAAUGGAUCAUGGAGACAAUCAUACUGAAAUUCUUAUUCUAGCACCAAGUGAUGUUGAAAUCGCCGGUCGAUUAACUGUAGAUAAUAGUAUAAAAGUUCCUGGAGGACACUGUACGUUUCUUGAUCGACGAAAAGGCGUUUGGCGAUGUAUGUUUGCGCCUCAUCGUGAUGGCUUAUUCGAAGCUUAUAUUUUAGCUAAAAGACGAUUAGAUCCUGGCAGUUUUGCAAUUGCUGCACGCUUCAAUAUUAAAGCUAGACGAAUUCCCAAACCACCACUUUCAUAUCCAAAAACAUGGCAACUCUUUCAUGAUCUCGAUCUUCAGAUAGAAACACCAUGCAAUAGCGCUAUAGUCAUGUGGCCUGAAUAUGGUUCCUAUGCUCAAGUAUGCAUAAAAACACCGGAUGAUGUUCAACUGAUGUGUUGUAUAGAACACAAUGGUAUUCGACUAGAAAAUGGAGCAUUAACACAGUUUAAUAGAGAAAAGCAACAUUGGCAAUUAUUCUUCGCACCAGAACAAACUGGUAAGCAUAAAUUAUUGGUUUUUGCACAUUGCAGUACUCCUGAUGGAGUAAUAUCAGGAAUUGCUGUUGAAUUUCAUCUCGAUGUGACACAACUUCGGCAUUCAAUUAAAUUUCCAGUAAUAUAUACAACAUUUCUCUCUAAAAAAUGUCGCAUAUACGAACCCUUGAAUGGAAUUUUAAAAAGAGGUGCUGUCGUUUGUCUUCAUUGCGAAAUACCUAAUGCAAGACAAGUCGAUUUGACUAUUGAUUCAAAAUGGGUGAAAACAGAAGGUUAUCGAGAUUCAAUUCUAAAGAGACAAAUUAUUGUUGGUUCAAGAGAAGUAAUUAUAUAUGCUAAAUACGACGAGAAUACGAUUUACAAUGAACUUAUAAAAUAUACUGUUCAAUAA